AUGAUGAGCAGCCUUUCAUACUGGUUGGUAUGGAAAGCAGGCAAGAGCUUCCCUCGGAUUAAACGGAUCUUGUGGCUUCAGCCGUCUUGUUGGCAUCCCACCAAAAGAGGCAGUCGCUUGACAAGUGGACCCCCGACUCGAGAAGAUAUAGGGUGGACUGCCAAAUGGCUUCUAAGGGUGGUUGAAGGAGAAAACUCUGCCCAGGUCACCCCCAGCAGCCACCCCAAGAAGGACCACAUUUCCAAUGAGGACCUUUCUAAGGAGCCUGUCAUCUCCAAGGAAGACCUGGUUUCCAAAGAGAAAGCUCUCAAAAGAGCAAAGAGUCAAAAGCCCAUAUCCCAAGAGGACAAUUUCGAAAAUGUUCAGCUCCAAUGAGAAGAGACUACAGAAGUGGCUCCCAGGGCUGCAACCACCUCAGAGGGAAAACUCGCCAAACUGAGCCAUAAAAUUGGGAAGAAUCUGGACAAAGCAGCAAAAGGAAUCAUGAACUACCUAAAAAAUCUAAUCCCUAGCGCCAAUGAUGUCAUGAGACCCUAA